GCGGCGCACUAUUACCACACCUCGUGUACCUCACCUCGAAUCCCCGACAUCAGACACAUUUUACCAGAUUAACGACCGAACAUUUUCACCAACACACAAUAUUUUGUCAUUAUAAUAAAUACUCUCCAGAUGACAUAUUUCAGAGAUCGAUUUUGGCGCGAAUCUCUCCGUGGAAGGACACACAUACGCGCUUCGGUACUAUAAGUUAAAUCCCUCCAGCGCCCCACCCACUGGCCCUCUGUACCGCGUGGUCUCGUGACAUGGACCUGAGCAAGUUUGCGUUGUUUUAACAAACUGUUUAUUUAUUUAUUUAUUUGCGUAUUUAUUUCACUUCUCUUUAGCGGAUACACUUCUCCAACAGCGAAGUUUGCUUCUAUUAACCCGCGUCACUGAAGAACGAGACAUUGUGCCUGUUUUCUAGGCUUCUGUAAACAUGCUGCCGAGUCGUUCUCCGCCACACGAUUGGCUCGGCGAGUCAGAGCCGCUGCUGUUCGAUGACGAGUUUUGUCAGAACUUGAUCAAGGACCUGCAGUCGAUACCCACGCCGCCGCAGUCUCCACCGAUAAAGGCCGACCUCAGUAAGUCCUUGUCCAACGUAGAACAGCUCCAGCUGGUGUCGGAGCUUUUGCUCGAGGACAGCGACUUUUUUCAUUUGAACUGGAACUGUGAUCUUGGCGAUGAUCGCGCGAGGUAUCCCGUCUCGGACGACUGCUUGUGGCCAUGUGCCGUUGAGAAAUCAGCUGAAGAGAAAAUGUCCGUGCUUUCCACGAGUCCUCUGCUUUCGGAUAUCGAUACGGAAAUCUUUGCAGAGAUCGCCGGUUCCACCCUGGAUUGUCGUGGUGCUGCGGCCGUGUGUGAGGCGCUACUGCAGAGCGAUGACUUGAUACUGAACACUCCCGAACAGAGCGAGACCUCCUCUGAAUAUGGCUCUUACUCCGCUGCCGAAGAAUCAUCCAGCAAUUCUGAGGAGGAGAUUGAUGUGGUGACUGUUCGUCGCUGCAAGAAAUUCACUCGCUCACAGCAGCAGAAAGAUGAUGACAGGCGCAAGCAGCUGGCGCUGAAGCGCUGUCACCUUGAGAUCCAGCAGCAACACAACUAUGCUGCUCCUCGGCCCGCCUCACCCCCUCCUCCUUCGCCGAGUGUAAAGCGUGUCCGUGGAAACGUGAGACACUUCAGCUCCCGCCACUCCUGCGACCUGGAGGACGAUGAGGAGCGCCGCAGGACCCAUAAUGUUAUGGAGCGGCAACGGCGCAAUGAGUUGAAGAACUGCUUCCUACGUCUGCGUGACCACGUGCCCGAGCUGUCUAACAAUGACAAAGCAUCCAAGGUGAUAAUACUGAAACGAGCUAAGGAGAGCAUCCGCAACCUGGAAUCAGAGGAACUGAGGCUCAGUCAAAAGAGGGACAGGCUGAGAGAGAAACAGGAGCAGCUCGAGGCCAGGUUGGAGCAGCUCAAAAGGCUUUGAGACUUCUGAAGAAUGUUUUAGGACUAGAUACAGCUGGAAUACUGUUUGGGGCACGGCCAGCAUUCACAGGCUGUCCCAGUAAUGCUGCACAUGAGCAAUGCAGCACUAUUUACUGACUGUUCAUCUCUAAGGAGAUGGCUGGGUUUCUUUUUUUCUUUUCAUUUUUGUAAAAUUCCUUUUGGAAAUAUGCAUCUUCAGUGCAAACGUUGUUCUCAGAGUAGUUCUUUAAAGCUAUGCCAAAAUUAUUAGUCUUAAAAUGAGAAUGGAAUUUUAUGUUGUUCAACUAAACCCUUUGCCAGUGUAAACAAUCAUUAAUCUGUAUAAAUUAACCCCCCACCCCCACCCCCCCUGUUCCCCUGCAAACACACACACGGUCAGUGUAAAUGAUCAUGUGCUACUGAUGUAUGAUUUUGGGCUGGAUCCAAAAAUGGUCAGAUUUUUGGGGAUGAGUGUUAUGACUGUAAAUGGUUGUGUUUGCUCUGCUGGGAAGAUGUUGAUCCUUGUUUAUAAUACGGUCUAGGCAUUUAUAUACUGGAAUGACCAGACCAGUUGGUUGACAUUUGCAUUAUCACUUAUAGUUUGGUGUGACAUUCAUAAAAUGUGCGUUCAUAUUUGAAUCUCAUUUUCUUGUGUGUCUCGUAUAAUAUUGUUAUUCUUUCUCUUAUCUACCUCUGACAAGGAGAUUGGGAUGAUUGUUAUUGCCUUUAUAAUGGCAACUGUAUAUAAUUCAGCUAUUUUUUUGUCAGUUUCUUAAUUAUGUAUGAUAAAUUAUUUAGGUUUUUAUUUGCAACUUUGAAGGUUUGUUCUUUUUCAGCUGCACCUUUUUAUACUUCUAUUAAACAGUAGACAAAAUAUCUAGUCUUCCUCCAUUAUUUCCUGGUAUAUGUUGCACUUAUGACUAAUUAUAUUUGUGUCGAAAGAUUAAGAUCUUAAGAGCUUAAUAUCUCCGUGAGAUUAAUAAUAAUUCAUUUUAAGGCCAAUGUAUAUGGCAGGAAGUGUUUGAAUCAGCGUGAUGGAUUGGUGGUUGACGUUAUAUAACCGCUAAAGAGCUCACCUUUGCUCAUUGCAGUGGGUCAGAAAAACUGUGGAAUGUCAGUUGACAGAUAAGUUAUCAGAGCCUUCAGAAUUGAAUAGGCUUGUGUUUCAGUCCCAGGUGAUCUUUAGCCUUCACUUUGUAUGAAACUUGUGGGGUAUCCUAUAUGUUUAAAGCUUCCAAGAAUUACUUUUGAAAAUAGUCUUAGUAGUCCAUCUGAAACGCACAAAAAAAAACCCUAGUCAAAAAGGUGUAAGUAAAAUUGUGUUCUCAGAGCAAUGUUUAGUGAGGAGUAAAUCUUAAGCAUGAAGUAUGACCGUUAUGUCGCAGUAAAUAAACGUCCUCCAAUGAAAUCCUAAGUACUAAAAUCCUCUGCUUCUUCCCUGUUCAAUCACAAAGUCCACUGAUCCAAAAUACAAACCCUAAUAGAUGCUUGGUGCAAUAGAUAAGAACAGCAUACAGGGGAGAUUUGGGUUCUAUCUGACUAGUAAGGAUAGGAAAAUGGUUUGCCAGGAGGUGAUGGAUGUAAUUCAUGUCCUGUAUCCAGCUGUUUUGCACAGAUGAUAGCACAUAACAUCUUUUCUUGCCAACAAGAAGCUGUAGGCCAAGCCUUGAAAAUGUUCGCUUCAUCAAUCACUGGCUCCUGAGUAAAUGAUGUUUUGUAUCUAUGUCUGAAAUAUUUCUGUUAAUAUUGAACAUUUUUGGCAGCAGAGAUUUGCAUCAAUUUUUCUAAGAAUCUGUAAAGUUUACCUUCCAUUCUGAAGAGACAUUAUGUAGAACGAUCCAAUCAGAGCUAAUCUGUGUUCUGUCCAGAGAAAGUAGGCCAAUUGGAUUGCUUGUUUGGCAGUACAAAACAUUACACAUGAAUAGUGGAGCACCCGAAUACAUUUUAAUGCAAUUUAUUUUCUUUUUUUUCUAUCUAAUUUAAAAGAAAACAGAAGGAUUCAUAUGAAAUGGCAGGUACAGUGCUGUGAAAAAGUAUUUGCCAUGAUUCUUUUUGUAUAGGUCUCAUAAAUUGUUUCAGAAAUUAAAACAAACUCUAAGAUAAAACAAAGGCAACCUGAGUAAACACAAAACAAAGUUUUUAAAUGAUAAUGUUAUUUAUUGAAGCAAAAAAAGUUAUCCAAUACCAAUUGGGCCUGUGUGAAAAUGUAUUUGCCCCUGUAGUUACUAAUUCCCCAAAUCUAUGAAACUUAAUUCAUAAUGGGGUUCAGCUGGACUAGACACAACCAGACCUGAUUACUGCAAACCCUGUUCAAUCAAAUCAACACUUAAAUAGAACUUUCUCAACAGCAUGAAGCUGGUUAAAAGUUCUUACUGAGUAACACAGUACGUCAAAAUGGAAAGAAAUUCCAGAAAUGAUGAGGAAGAA